AUGCCAGGCAAUCAGUCGAUUGGUAGUGGCAGGAACAGGAGUGGAUCACAAUUUGCUCGAAUCCGUGGACAAGAACCUAUGCCCUCCAGUGCGGACGGCAGUGACCAUGAAGGCACGGACGAAAUUGAGGACCGUGCCAGUGGGUUCUUUCGCCAACGAAACGAGUCUUCUCCCUCAAGGAUGUCCUUUUCCUCUUCUUUGAACCAGAAAACACCCGCCAGAUCGUAUUUUCAACACUCUUUCCAAGACUCCCAUGCUCCGUUCAAUGUCACAAGAAAUGCCUCGCAAGGUGUACGAGAGGAUACUGCAGAACUCGCGUCGUGGGCUCUGUCCUACAUUGCCUCGAACCGCAGCGAGCAUUCCCCCUCACGACAUCACACUCCCUCUACAGCACAGCACCACUCUCACCUAAGCAGUCAGUUAGACCAAGAUGAUCUAAUCCGUCAUGAUUCAAAUACUUCUUCCCGUCCAGAGGCUAUCCAAGAGGUCUCCGAGCCCACAUCUCCCAAAAGCUCGCAUUCGUCACAAAAAUCACAGUGCCACUCAGCUUUGACUGAGUUGAUAAGAAACUCUCCUCCAACCGAAGAAGACAGCCACGGGACAGACGAAGACGAAUCCCCUUCUACUGCAGGCGUGCACCCAGUCACUGUUCGGGAGGGAAUCAUCUCACAACCGAGUGAGCGGACAACACUACUGGGUAAGAGAACCGCUUAUGGUUCAAUUAAAGAUCUUGAGGGUCAGCUGGUAGCUAAACCUGAGCCGACAAAUCAGAUAAGAGCCGUCUUGCAACGAUCCAGAGAACAGAGCACUCGUAUCUUCAGAGUUGCCUCCAACCCUAAGUCAUGGGAUCGGCAGCAUGUAUUGGAGUAUGGGUUUCGCCAACCAGCUAGCUUUGUGCCUCCUGUGAUACUUGGACUGCUACUUAACAUCCUUGAUGCUCUGUCUUACGGCAUGAUCUUAUUCCCUCUCGGCAAUGCUACUUUCACGGGUCUCGGACCCGAGGGAAUCUCAAUGUUCUAUGUCAGCUGCAUUGUUUCGCAGCUAACAUAUUCUCUCGGCGGUAGCAUCUUCAAAGGAGGGAUAGGCUCCGAAAUGAUCGAAGUUGUCCCUUUCUUUCAUAAGAUGGCAUUCACCAUUCUCGCAAAGGUGGGCGAGGGCGAAGACAAAAAGGCCGCUGUGCUCGCCACUACGAUUGCUGCUUACGCCAUGAGUUCCGUACUCACAGGGGCGGUUUUCUACAUCAUGGGAUUAUGCAAGCUUGGGUCCCUGAUCGGUUUUUUCCCUCGACACAUUCUGAUCGGAUGCAUUGGUGGUGUUGGAUGGUUUCUGGUUGCGACAGGAUUGGAGGUUUCUGCGAGGCUUGACGGCAACUUGGAGUACAACAUACCGACCCUGCAAAAGCUCUUCCGGUCUGAUACCGUGGCUCUUUGGAUCAUACCUUUGAUCCUGGCUAUCGUCCUUCAAAACGCGAAACGAUGGAUGAAGCAUCCCUUGACAGACGCUACAUUUUUCUUGUCCAUCAUUGCAGUGUUCUAUUUCUACGUUGCCGCCAUUGAAGAACUCACUAUACCCGAACUACGCAACAGAGGGUGGAUAUUUGCUGCACCAGACGCUGGGAAACCUUUCUAUUCUUUCUACGAGCUCUACAAUUGGAGACUAACGGACUGGAGGGCCAUUUUAUCAUCGGUGCCUGCAAUGCUUGCAUUGACCUUUUUCGGGGUCCUCCAUGUUCCCAUCAACAUUCCAGCUUUAGGUCUGUCGACUGGAGAGGACAACGUCGACGUUGACCGUGAGCUCCGAGCACAUGGCAUAUCGAACGCCCUGUCGGGAUUUUGCGGGAGUAUCCAGAAUUAUCUCGUAUACACGAACUCAGUGCUGUUUAUGAGAAGUGGAGGGGACAGUCGAAUUGCUGGUGUGAUGUUGGCCGCUGCAACCUUUGGUAUACUUGUCAUCGGACCAAUCAUCAUCGGCUUUAUUCCGAUCAUGGUCGUUGGCGCACUCAUAUUCUAUUUGGGACUGGAUCUAAUGAAGGAAGCCCUGGUAGACACAUGGGGCAAAGUGCACCGCCUCGAAUAUCUUACCAUCCUUAUUAUCGUCGUUACUAUGGGAGCCUAUGACUUUGUCGUCGGUAUUCUUGUGGGCAUCGUAUUGGCCUGUGUCAGCUUUGUCCUCCAAACAUCCCAAGUAUCUGCCAUCCGUGGGAAGCUCUACGGAGGCGUGGCAAAUUCGACAGUUCGGAGACAUCCAAUUCAGCAGCGUUUCCUGCUUGAAGCUGGCAAACAAGUUCACGUUAUGAAGCUUGCAGGCUAUCUGUUUUUCGGUACCAUUGUGGGCGUUGAGAAGCAGAUCCGGGAACUGCUGCGGGAAGAGUCUUUUCGAAAACAACCAAUCCGCUUCCUUGUACUCGAUCUAUACAACGUGGACGGCGUCGACUUCUCGGCCGGAGAAGCCUUUAAGCGGACUAACAGGCUACUCAUUCAACAGGGAGUUCAAUUGGUCAUGUGCGGUCUCGAGAUGAAGAGCGAUGUUGGCAAGAGCCUCCGUAAUGUAGGACUCUUUGACGAUGAUGACGGCGUCUACUACUCUAGGAGUCUCAAUUCGGCGCUGGAGUACUGCGAGAAUGAGCUUUUGAAGGCGUUCUAUCAUCAGCAGGAUCUCGAGGUAGAGACAGAGUCGACUCCUGCUUUCCUGGAAGUGCCGAAGCCAGAGCAGACCAGUAUACCAUCUUCGGAUACUAUCUUCAACUCCCCACGAAGGCAUCAUCUGCACCAGGUAGCCACAGCGACUCUCAGCGAACAGAACCCUGCACCACCUCAAAGAUGGCAGGACUAUCACCAACCUCUACAGCUCAUUCUGCAGACCUUUUCGACCGUCUCCAAUAAGCAUGAAGAUUUCUGGUACAAGACGGCGUCGUUUUUCGUACGCAAGGAGUAUGCCGCUGGAACCGUGCUCUACAAUCCCGGCGAUCGGCCCAAUGGCUUCUACCUGCUGGAAAGGGGCAUGCUCAAAGCGAAGUACGACUUUCCCCAAGGCAAAUACUCAGAGCUCAUUGUGGCUGGCACGACUUGUGGAGAGCUUCCCUUUUUCUCAGCUACCGAGAGGACAUCGACGACUUACGCAGAGAGGAAUUGCGUCACGUGGAUGCUGGACGAUGAUCAAUGGAGGAAGAUGCAGGAUCAGCACUCGGACAUCUCACAGGAGUUGCUGAAGAUAACCCUCAAACUUACAAGCGAGAGAAUGGACGCCAUUACCAAGUACAUGCUGCUCACGAGUGGAUGA